UGCUGCAAAAAGUGCUCUGCUGCUUCAACAAAUUCGUGGCCGCGGGAAGCCGUACUGCCACCGCAUAGAUGGCGAUUGCGUCCUCGUCGGCAGUACCGCCUGUUCACCUGUGUUAUUAUUUUCUAGUGCGACAAACAGUGCCCGGUAUUUUAAGGAAAACUGCACGUCGGGAAAAUUAAUAUGCGUCGACAGAUGGGUUCUAUAGCAACCAUGGAUUGUUAAUGUUUGCUGGUGAUGAAGAGCAGAUAUGGCAAUAAAUUUCUCGGCAUCAUUUGCUGCUUACUUAGCAGCAGGACUGAAAGUUCCCCGACAGUUUAUGUACUGUAUUGCUCAAGAUACUGGAGCAUUGUAUGUCCCAUAUAAAGAUGGUACUGACAGGCAACAAGUCCAAGGUGGACAGUGGGCUACAGGUCCACUGCAAGAUGGAACUGGUGGCUACCAUCCACAGCAACAAGGUGGUUCAUCAGCUUCAGGAAGUCCUCAGCAGUCAUGUGGGGAUCCUGAGACUGUGGCUCCUCCACCACCACCAACACAGCCCCCACAACAGCAGCAACAAGGCACAAUGACAUCACCUGUCCCCUCCCCGUAUCCACCACCACAGGAUGCUACAGCACCACCGCAACAGACACCUGUAGAGGAUGAUCCUCAGCAACAUUCCCCAACACAGCAGCAGCAAGGGACACCACAGCAGCAGCAGACACAGCCUCAGCCACAGCAACCCCCAGCAUCACAGCAGCCAGCUCCUCCACAACAGCAGCAGCAGCAUCAAGCUGAUGUUGAACAGCAGCAGCAACAGCAGCAACAGAGAGUUGUUACAGCAGCACAGUGUUUCCCACAAGAGUUACAGCAACAGCAGCAGCAACAACAACAACAACAACAGCAGCAGCACCAAGUUGAUGUUGAGCAACAGCAGAGGGUGGCUGCUGCAGUAGCAGCUGCUCAAUGUUUUCCUCCAGCAGAUAUGCAACAGCAGCAUCAACAACAGCAGCAGCAGCAACAGCAACAUCUGGCAUAUGCGACACAACAUUAUUUCAAGGAUCAGCGUCACACACCAGGAAUGCCACCACAUGUGCUCACUCCAAGUGGCUUUACUGCCCUUCAUUACUUGAAGCAACCGGGAGUGAUGUUAACUUCACUUGGUACAAUGGGCAUGGGAGAUGGAAGUGGUGUAGGUCUGGGGACGAGCAUCACUGACGGGACAGGUGUGGGUGUCGGUGCAGUUGCAUACCCAAAUGUUCAGGUAGAUGUGCGCUCACUGCCUGAUAUCAUCCAGCAGCAACAGCAAGCCCAGCAUCAAGCGCAACAACAACAGGCUCAAGGUCCGGGAACAGGAAAACCGGGGCGGGGAGGCAACGGUUCGGGUUCAGAGCUCAGGCUUUUCAAGUGUCUUACGUGUGGCAAGGACUUCAAGCAGAAAUCAACUCUGUUGCAGCACGAACGUAUCCAUACUGACAGCCGCCCUUACGGUUGCCCCGAAUGUGGAAAGCGGUUCCGACAACAGUCCCAUCUGACACAACACCUACGCAUCCACGCCAAUGAGAAGCCUUACGCCUGCGCAUACUGCGAGCGCUCCUUCCGGCAACGUGCCAUCCUCAACCAGCACCUGCGCAUCCAUUCGGGUGAGAAGCCUUACCGGUGCCCGCAGUGCGGCAAGCACUUCCGCCAGAAGGCCAUCCUCAACCAGCACGUCCGCACACACCAAGAUGUGAGUCCUCAUUUGGUGUUCAAGAAUGGUAUGACGCCUACCCUGUGGCCUCAAGAUGUGCCAUACCCACCUGAUGCUGAGAAGGAUGAUGCAGCUUCUACAUUUGGGAAUCCUGAAGACGGCAGUGUGCCACCGGACCAGGCUCGUAGCAAUGGGCAGUGUUUUUCUCCUGACAGUGCUGGCAAUGUGCAACAAUAUCAAGCAUAUUUCAAGGAUGCCAAGGGUAUGAACCAUUCAGUGUUUGGAAAUGGGGGUCCUGCAGGAAACUUUGGGGCACUUCAGUACUUAAAACAGGGUCAGGUAAAGCCUGGUGGACUACUGCCCGAUGUAAUACAGCACGGGAGAAGUGCAGGGAUGCCCCUUUAUGUGCGCUGUCCUAUUUGCCAAAAGGAGUUCAAGCAGAAAUCGACAUUGCUGCAACACGGUUGCAUCCAUAUAGAGUCCAGGCCAUAUCCGUGCCCAGAGUGCGGUAAGCGGUUUCGACAACAAUCUCACCUCACACAACAUCUUCGAAUACAUACAAAUGAGAAGCCUUACGGCUGUGUAUACUGUGGUCGAAAUUUCAGGCAGCGGACGAUCCUCAAUCAGCAUAUUCGUAUUCACACAGGUGAGAAACCGUAUAAAUGUGGACAGUGUGGAAAAGACUUCCGCCAGAAGGCCAUUCUCGAUCAGCACACUCGUACACAUCAAGGUGAUAGGCCGUUCUGCUGUCCGAUGCCUAACUGCAGGCGGCGCUUUGCGACGGAGCCGGAAGUGAAGAAGCACAUAGACAACCACAUGAAUCCACAUGCUGCGAAAUCUAGACGUGCUAACACGGCGGGUGUCGGUGUUCUGGAAGCAAAACAUCAUCCCGGAGCCACAGUACUGGGAGGUGAAAGGGGUCCUCCAACUCUGCUGACACGGGGCAUUCCACCCACAGCUGUAGUGAAGCCCGAACUGUAUUUCCCACAGUGUUAUGCACCUACAUUCAAUCAUCAGCCACCGCCGCCCCCUCCUCCGCCUCCACCUAAUGCCCAGUUUGCCACAGCACAGGGUGCCGGUGGUAGCAUAAGUGGUGGGAACAUUAAUGGUGCUACAAUCAAUGGUAACACUAUUAAUGGAAACAGUAUUAAUGGUACUACGAUCAAUGCAAAUGCCAUCAAUGGUAAUACCAUUGGGGCUGCUAGUAAUCUCAGCAAUCUCAGUGGAGGCAGCAUCACUGCCGGUAGUCUAAAUGGCGGUGGCAUUAAUGGUGCCAGUAGCAGCAACAAUAGCACAAAUAAUAAUCAGAGCCCUGUGAUGAAUUCACCUGCCCCUGAGUACAAGUCUGUGCCCCCACAGACAUCCAGUCUGCCGGCCCAGUGACUAGCGGCUGCCCUUCUCUAGCCAUCGGGACCCGGCACGCUGCCACAUUUUGCUGGUAGUGCUGCCGGACCCAUCAAGCAUGAGCCUUGUUGGGAAAUGUCCCCCUGUGCUGAGAAUGGGCAGGGAUACUAUGAAGUUAUACACUCUGUAUGAACUGCUCAGUGAACAUUUCACUGUAAAAACUGUUUGACUGAACUUUGGUUGUGAUACAACCAGUAAAAUGUGUUUGGGAGUCAAUUAGACCCACUGUACAAAAAAUGACAGCUCGAUUGACAUCGUUAUAAAUGCCGGUUACUGACCAGUCCUAGACUGAUGAUAUAGUAUGUGAUAGAUAUUAUUUGAAAAGAUUUUAAAUUGUUCAUACUUGAUAGAGAAAUAAUUAUAAUCACUUGAACAAUAUUGUAUAAAUAUAGUGACACAGUAGUUUAUUAACAAAGUGAAAUGAAAAUAGCUCCGCUAUAUAUUAAAAACACAACACAUAUAUAAAUAAAUAAAAUAUAUAUAUAUAUAUAUUAAAAAUAUAUACAUAGAUAACUUUUAUAUUAAUACUCUACUAAUAUUCCUUAAUACAAAGAGGUUGGAGAUUGGAAAUAAAUGUAGAUAAUAUAUUUUAAAUGUUUUGUGUAAGGUGCUGAUAUAACUGAGAACUGUAUUGGGCAGGUAGGUUUGUAUCACAGUUUUAUAGUACAUACAGAAUGAAUGCAGUUGUUACGAAUGUGCUUUAGCAGGACUGGUGUGAUGUAUUGAAUUUAUAACAGCUUUCUUGAAAUGUUUCUCUUUUUCACUGUUAUAAAUGCAAAUUAAGGCCUAGAUAUUUUAAAUGUGGUUCUACAUGUUUUAUAAUCUGUUGUGUUAUUCAUACUGUCUUCUGGGUUGGUUGAAUUUUUUUGUGAUUAUCUGGCGCUUUUCCAUAGAAAACUAGUAUGUGAUAUUAGCAGACUGGUAAACUUCUGCUGCCACUAGUGCCGUUCUUUGUUGAUUCUAAAUCAUUUUAUGAUUCUUCAGAAGAGUUAACUUGGUAAACUAGAUGUUCAGUGUACAAUGUUAAUUAUCCUUUGUGCUUCAGAGGCUCAAAGAGUGGAAUGCAAAUAAUGGUGCCUGAUAUUCAUAUUACACACCAUGUCAUCCAUAUAAUGGAGGCAAAAGUUAUGGAGAUAGUGUAAGAACAUACCCUGGGGAAAAAUGUGAAUCCUUGUUCAGAAAGCAAAUUCUGUUACAGUAGAUGAGUAAAUUCCUGUUUUUGUAUUAUAUUUAUCUGUAUAGCUUUUGAAGUGAUAGAAAUUUUGUUGAAGGUUCAGUUAACGUAGAAAGAUUUUCUUUAAUUUUCUGGCAACAUUCUAAUAUGCUGUUGAAACUAACAUCACUGAGAGUGAAGGUGCGAAAGAUCUGAUAAUUCUGAAAGGAUCCAUCCUGUCCCCACCAUUUCUGUUGCUAAUUAUUUAUCUACCGUAAUUUUAAUCUGCAGUUUCUUCUAGCUUGUUUGUAUUUUUAGCUGAUAGAAAUUUAUGAGGAAUCAUGACCUGCCUGAUUUUCUGUUGGGGUUGUCUCCCUUGGGAAAGCUGGCUUCAUCAUGCUUCUUGAGCCCUCCCUGCCCUAUGUUGUGGGACACUCUUCAUCUGGCUCCACAGUUGAGACCAUUCCAGCUUGGCUGACUGUGAAAUUUAUGAAAUUUUUGAGCUUCGUUACUCGUACAUUUUAGUUCCAGUGUUACUGUACUGGUGUUGUUGAACACAAGUUACUACAGGACUUACCAGCAAGGUAUUACUGCUAAACAGAAAAAGUAUGUGAUCUAAGGUUUUGAGACAGUUUAGCUUAAAUCGUAUAUUGGCAUGGUCGAACAUUGUUUUUGCAUCAUUAGAUGGUGAUGAUGAACAAAUUCAUCAUUGAUAUAUCAUGGAUAUUCAGUGAUGAAAUUAUAAACAUUUUUGAAAAUUUAAUUGAGAAAAACACUUACAUGAAUUUGGGGGGGGGGGGGGGGCAAAUUACUUGUAAACCGUCACUGCAACACAGGUGGUAAACAAAAUAACUGUCUUGAGCACUUCAGCCUACUCUGUUGUGAAAGCUAGUUAUUAACAGUCAGUUAAUCAUUAAGGCAGAAAAUCCAAAAGAAAUGGUGGAAGUGGGUGCUAGUUAAUCUGUUCAACUGUCAAGAUGUGGUCGUAAUUAAUGAAAUUUAAUCACAAGCAGAAAGAUAGAUACAAGUAAGCAAUAAUACAUUGCUGUUGCCUCACGUUGGCUUGUUAUUGUUCAUAACAAAUGUGCCAAACUACUUCCAUGGCACACUGUGUUAUUGUUGACUUGCAUGAAAGUUUAAAAAAAAAUUAUGCUUGCUAUUGUAGAUUCUUGGUAAUUAAGAUCACUGUAAGUGUGAACAGGAACUUUACUCACUGUAGGCAGAAUAGACACCUUUUCUGUAAAUACCCUAUCCAAAUUUGAUAAAAUCUUUCUCCCCUCCAUGUUUAUAAAUUUCAUGUUGUUUCAAGUUGUGUAUACAUUGUGACCAUUACAUGCCUUCAUACAGAUAACUGUUGUAACAUGCAUUUAUUGUCCAUACUGUACUGGUAUUUUAUGGUGUGUAAUAUGACUUAACACAAUGUUUCUUUUGGGAUACAAAGACUAUAAUGAAGUUUACAAAACAGUCUGCACAUAGGGCAGCAAAGUGAUUCUUGUAAAACAUUUGAUCAUAGUCUGGAAGAAGUAUGUUUUAAAACAUUGUUAAUAGUUAUUAGGGAUAUUUGUUGUCAGCAGUUUUUGUCUCUUGUAAUGGCUGUGAGCAUUUUACAUUGGCUAAAUGUAGUAGUUGCAGCCUAGAAGACAGUUGUACACUUUUUUAAAAAAAGAAGUCACUACAGUAAAAUAAAAUAUCACCUAAGUAGGGCUGUGUUAUUUUUUCUCAUUGUAAUUUUGACAAAUACAGGUAGAAUAAAAGGUAGUUUAUGUUUCUGCAUAAUUCAGAAUCCUCCACAUUUUAGUCUGGAGAUAUUAAAAUAAUACUCAUACUUAAAUAUGUAAAUGUUAUUCUAACUACAGAAUAAUUUUAAACUUUUAAAGUUUUGCUGAAAUAUAUGUUUGGUUAUACAAACAGGGUCCUUAAUAAGUGUAUACCAAUGCUUUGCAUAUAGAUCUGCUGACAUUUAAAACUAAAAUUAUAAAUUUUUAUAAACAGUUCUAUAUCUGUCAAAUCUUCAUGGAACAAUCCUUUACUUUUGUGUGUAUUUAUUACAAGUGUCCAUUUAAGACACUGAUCUUUGUGUAUCCUUCUGAUAGAACUCUUUUUGCCCCCUUUCUUACUUGAGUCUCAGUUGCACUGGCUUUGUAAUAAAAAUACAUAUAUUUUUCCACAGCAGUAACUGGUCAUGAAUGUUUAAGAAUUGGGGGAUACUAAUUAAAAGAGAAAUCUGGAUUCCUCCAAUGAAUCAACUCCACAGCCAUUGAACUGUCGUACUAAAUAAAGAAACUGAAUUUUCUGAUACAAGUAGUAUAACUGAACAGAAGAUUUUGGGUGCAUAUGUAGACAUUUAACUUUUUGUGUAUCCAAUUUCCAAUUCUAGAGCAUUCCAGUGUUGUGUUAUUUUAUCAGAGAGAACAUCACUACUGUAAGUCUGAAUUUUACACCUUUCGAGUAUACUGGUGGUGUAAUACAUAGUGAUGUAUUUCAUGUAGUUGGAAAUCAAUUCUAUGUAUUAAUUUGUUGAAUUUGGUUUGUUAAAAUUCUCCCAGUAAUUCACAAUGAACAGUAAUUUCUUAACAUUAUAAAGCUUGAUACCGUUGUUCACAAAUGGAGUAAAAUAAUGCAGAUUUAGGGGCUAUCCCAGUAUUAACAUGGACAGACGCUCAAGACCAAUGAAGAAUCUGAUCUGUGUGUAGAUAUUGUUGUCAUAAUUAAAGCUGGAAUUUUGAAGGCCAAAGUUACUGUUCAUAUAAUAAUAAUGAGUCACUGAAAAAAGUUGCAGUACCAUAAUUUCAUGUGAAUCAAUGUUCCCUUAGAGCAGUACAUGCCGUAAGAAUUCAGGUAACGGCUGUAAUGUUAGUCCAAGUAACACAUUGUGCUUGCUCAAGAAUUCAAGGUAAGAAGAAAACCAUCCUUUGUUGUACAGGCACCAUAUUUCAGUUGUCACAUAUUUAUUGCUUAUGGAAAAUGCUUUGUGGGAUACAAACAAUGGUAUGCAUAAAGACAACAACAUGGAGGGCUGAUGAGAGGGUAGGCUGGCUUAGCUAUCAGCUGGAAGAGGGAGGGGG